CUGUUACAUUGUGGCGCUGUUCGCAUCAGUCUUCUUGCGAAGCAGGCAAGCAGGUAUUGAGCUGUCACUGCCGGACAAGAGGGAGGUUGUUAGUUCAUUGUGAAAGAUGAGUAUCAGAAUAUCUACCGUUCGUCCGAAAACAAGUAUCCUGGAUAAAUCCCUCAGUAGAGGUAAAGGUGAAGUUAGCAUCAGCUGCUACGCGUUGUUGUUUUCAGAACUGGUUCAGUACUGUCAGAAUAGAGUCUACACUGUACCAGAACUGCAGAAUAAGCUUGCAGAAAUUGGGCAAGAUGUUGGAGUGAGACUGAUAGAUUUGCUAUUUGUCAGAGAGAGAAACUGUAAACGUGAGAUAAAACUGUUGAAUAUGCUUUUAUUUAUAAAGUCAACGCUGUGGAAGACUUUGUUUGGGAAGGAAGCAGACAAACUGGAGCAUGCAAAUGACGAUGAGAGAACGUACUACAUCAUAGAGAAAGAGCCGCUCGUAAAUAAAUUCAUAUCUGUACCGAAAGACAAGUCAAGUUUGAAUUGUGCGACGUUUAUUGCUGGAAUUGUUGAAGCUUUCCUCAACGGGUGUGGUUUUCCAGCGAAAGUGACAGCGCAUUGGCACAAAGGCACAACUUAUAUGGUGAAAUUCGACGAUUCCGUUAUUACUAAGGACAAGCAAAUGGAGGAGCGAUAAAUAUCAUCAGUGGAACAACGAAAAUCGUCAGUGAAUUCAUCCUAUUGCCAUACAAAACAGGAGGAAAAGUGUGAGGCUGGAUUGUAACAGUGUUAUCCUGAUAGUUUGUGUGUGACAUGUUGCGCAAGAAACAGUCAGAUGAUAUUGAAAAGUGUAUGUUAGUUUUAUGUUUAGUGUCAGAGAACUAACCAAAUUACACUAAUUUUUGUGAACAGGCAAUUAUGUCAUUCACAAUAAAGCACUUUUUCUGAAAAUAUAAA